CAUUUUACCGGCGAGGGUGGCUGUGAGGAUGGCUUCCCGGCAGAGGGCCCCGAUACCCAGAGGGUCUCAUCAGCAGUGAUGGUGACGAUCACGAGCGUCCUUCCGCUGGAGGAGGCCACAGCGCGAGCGAGGAACCCGGGCGGGCGCGCCGAGAGGCUCCCGGCGUGGGUACGGGUACCUCGCACACUGCCUGGGGAGGGGAGCCCGCUUGGCCGCCGCAGGCUCGGUUCCCGCCAGCCGCCGGCGCGCCCGGGAGGCCCCCUCUUUCGGACUCCGAGACCCUCGGUGCGCCAGACACAUGGCGGCGGGGGCGGCGCCGGGGCCGGAGGCGCCCCCCCAGCACGAGCAGAUCUCUCACACAAAGCUUUCUGCUGAUGAUGAGUGGAAUCUGCAGCAGGAGAGGAUGUACAAGGCGCACCGGGGCCACGAGUCCAUGCACGUGGAGAUGAUCUUGAUCUUCCUCUGUGCCCUGGUCAUCGCCCAGGUCGUGCUGGUGCAGUGGAGACAGAGGCAUGGCCGGUCCUACAAUCUGGUGACCCUGUUGCAGAUGUGGGUUGUCCCUUUGUAUUUCACGAUAAAACUUUACUGGUGGCGGUUUCUGUCUCUUUGGGGAAUGUUCUCAGUUACCACCAGUUACAUCCUCUUCAGAGCAACCCGAAAACCCCUCUCAGGGGGAACACCACGAUUGGUCUACAAAUGGUUUCUUCUCAUCUACAAACUCAGCUAUGCGUUUGGUGUUGUAGGCUAUUUGGCGAUCAUGUUUACAAUGUGCGGAUUCAAUUUAUUUUUCAAAAUCAAGGCUAGAGAUUCCAUGGACUUCGGCAUCGUGUCCUUGUUCUAUGGCCUCUACUAUGGAGUGAUGGGGAGAGACUGUGCGGAGAUCUGCUCGGAUUGCAUGGCUUCUACUAUAGGGCAGUUCUACAGCGUCAGUGGGAUGCCCACCAGGAGCCUGUCAGACAACAUCUGUGCCGUCUGCGGGCAGCAGAUCAUUGUGGAGCUCGACGAGGAAGGGCUCAUCGAAAACACCUACCAGCUUUCGUGCCGUCACGUCUUUCAUGAAUUCUGCAUCCGAGGUUGGUGUAUUGUUGGGAAAAAGCAGACCUGCCCUUACUGCAAAGAGAAGGUUGAUUUGAAGAGGAUGAUCAAUAACCCCUGGGAGCGCACACACAUUCUAUAUGGACAAAUCCUGGACUGGCUUCGUUACCUGGUGGCCUGGCAGCCCGUGGUGAUAGGAAUCGUUCAAGGCAUUAACUAUUCUCUCGGGCUGGAAUAACACAGACGACUUACCCCAGAAGCAACGUCUCGCAUGUUGAGAUAUUUUCAAACCCUUGAUCAUAUAUUUCAUAUUGAUACUCUUUUUUUAAUUUUCGAGAUGAUCCCAUGAACUUAGAGAACGGAAUAAAACUUGGCCAUCUGUUUUCCAUCUUGUGGAAAGAAUCUUCAAAGAAGCUGAUCAAUGGAAUAAACAAAUAAAACGUGCUUUGCACCUUU